AUGGCGGGGUGUGCCUUGGGAUUUACAGCAGCAGCUGGGAAUUUGAGUAACAGGGGACUUUUGAGGUGCCUCAACAGUUUGCCUGGGGGUUCACAGAAGAAGAAGAAGAAGCAGCAGCAGCAGCAGCAGCAGCAGCAGCAGCAGCAGCAGCAGCAGCAGCAGCAGCAGCAGCAGCAGCAGCAGCAGCAGCAGCAGCAGCAGCAGCAGCAGCAGCAGCAGCAGCAGCAGCAGCAGCAGCAGCAGCUGCUGCUGCUGGGGUUUGGGUGCGAGGGUACCACCGGGUGCGAGGGUACCACCGGGUGCGAGGGUACCACCGGGACUAAGGGGCUGCAGAUUCAGAGAGCAAUCCCGGUGCCACUCCCUUCAGAUGCCUUUGAUGAUAGUGAGAGUGACUAUGAGGACUGUGACAGCCUGCAGAUUCAGCGAGCAAUCCCGGUGCCGCUCCCCUCAGACGUCUGUGAUAGUGACAGUAACGGCAACACUGCUCCUCUCCUAUCCCAACCUCCACUGCUCUCCCUCCCCUCGGUCUCUCCUGCCACAGGCCUGCAGAUUCAGCGAGCAAGCCCAGUGCCGCUCCCCUCAGACGCCUCUAAUGAGAGCGUCUAUGAGGACUGUGACAUAGCGAAAGGGAAACCAGCAGCAGCAGCAGCAGCAGCAGCAGCAGCAGCAGCAGCAGCAGCAGCAGCAGCAGCAGCAGCAGCAGCAGCAGCAGCAGCAGCAGCAGCAGCAGCAGCAGCAGCAGCAGCAGCAGCAGCAGCAGCAGCAGCAGCAGCAGCAGCAGCAGCAGCAGCAGCAGCAGCAGCGGCAGCAGCGGCAGUGGCGGUAGCAGCGGCUCUUCCAGCACCCCCUCAACUGAAUCCGUCCCAAGUGAGAGCUCCCUUCAGAUUGCACGCCUCUGAUGAUAGUGACUCACUUAAAGAGGACUAUGAGAGGGUCACGGUGGAGGGUUAUCUGGAGCAGGCUUUACUGGCGGCGGGCAUGAUACUUCCUAGCAACUUCGGGGAUCUGUUCAAGAUCGGGUGGAGCCGUAGCAGCAGGACGGACAAAGGGGUGCAUUCAGUGGCAACGGUGGUGUCGGUGAAGCUCGAGCUGCCAGAGGGUGCAUUCAGUGGCAACGGUGGUGUCUGUGAAGCCCGAACUCCCAGAGAGUCCUUUCAAGAAGGGGCAGGCAAGGUGCACUCAGUGGCAACUGUUGUGUCUGUGAAACUAGAACUACCAGAGAGCCUCUUUCACAAGGGGCAAGACCGCCAGGAGGAGGAGCGGGAAGGGCAAGCGGUAGCUGACGCCAUCAAUGCGCAUCUGCCCCCCUCCAUCCGUGUGUUUGGCGCCGUACCCGUCACCAAAGAAGCAGCAGCAGCAGCUCAUGCCAUCACGCCCAUCUGCCCCCCUCCAUCCAUCCGUGUGUUUGGCGCCGUACCCGUCACCAAGAGGGUGUGUGUGAGUGAGCCGCACCUCCUACCACUGCCGUGCUCACCUGCUGCCGUGCUCACCUGCUGCCGUGCUCACCUGCUCUCAUGCUCACCUGCUCUCAUGCUCACCUGCUCUCAUGCUCACCUGCUCUCAUGCUCACCUGCUGCUCACCUGCUCUCAUGCUCACCUGCUGUCGUGCUCACCUGCUCUCAUGCUCACCUGCUCUCAUGCUCACCUGCUCUCAUGCUCACCUGCUCUCAUGCUCACCUGCUCUCAUGCUCACCUGCUCUCAUGCUCACCUGCUCUCAUGCUCACCUGCUCUCAUGCUCACCUGCUGUCGUGCUCACCUGCUGUCAUGCUCACCUGCUGUCGUGCUCACCUGCUGUCAUGCUCACCUGCUGUCGUGCUCACCUGCUCUCAUGCUCACCUGCUGUCGUGCUCACCUGCUGUCAUGCUCACCUGCUGUCGUGCUCACCUGCUGUCAUGCUCACCUGCUCUCAUGCUCACCUGCUGUCGUGCUCACCUGCUGUCAUGCUCACCUGCUCUCAUGCUCACCUGCUGUCAUGCUCACCUGCUGUCGUGCUCACCUGCUCUCAUGCUCACCUGCUGUCGUGCUCACCUGCUGUCAUGCUCACCUGCUGUCAUGCUCACCUGUUGUCGUGCUCACCUGUGGCCAUCUCCCCCUCCAUGCAGGAGCUUCUUGGCCAGAAGGGCGUGUGUGAGCCCCACCUACCACUACUUGCAGGAGGAGUGGAGGACUGGAAAAGGGGGGCAAGCACGCGGCAAGCACGCGUUCCACAACUACACGGUGCGGCGGCUGUAUCGCGAGAAGCAGAAGAGGGAUUAAGGGGAGGAGGGUGCUUUACUGGCUCUCUCCCAUCUGCAUUUGCCGUCCCUAUCCCUCCUUCCCCGCCAGGGCAAGCACGCGUUCCACAACUACACGGUGCGGCGGCUGUAUCGCGAGAAGCAGAAGAGGGAUUAAGGGGAGGAGGGUGCUUUACUGGCUCUCUCCCAUCUGCAUUUGCCGUCCCUAUCCCUCCUUCCCCGCCAGGGCAAGCACGCGUUCCACAACUACACGGUGCGGCGGCUGUAUCGCGAGAAGCAGAAGAGGGAUUAAGGAGAGGAGGGUGCUUUACUGGCUCUCUCCCAUCUGCAUUUGCCGUCCCUAUCCCUCCUUCCCCGCCAGGGCAAGCACGCGUUUCACAACUACACGGUGCGGCGGCUGUAUCGCGAGAAGCAGAAGAGGGAUUAAGGGGAGGAGGGUGCUUUACUGGCUCUCUCCCAUCUGCAUUUGCCGUCCCUAUCCCUCCUUCCCCGCCAGGGCAAGCACGCGUUCCACAACUACACGGUGCGGCGGCUGUAUCGCGAGAAGCAGAAGAGGGAUUAAGGGGAGGAGGGUGCUUUACUGGCUCUCUCCCAUCUGCAUUUGCCGUCCCUAUCCCUCCUUCCCCGCCAGGGCAAACACGCGUUCCACAACUACACGGUGCGGCGGCUGUAUCGCGAGAAGCAGAAGAGGGAUUAAGGGGAGGAGGGUGCUUUACUGGCUCUCUCCCAUCUGCAUUUGCCGUCCCUAUCCCUCCUUCCCCGCCAGGGCAAACACGCGUUCCACAACUACACGGUGCGGCGGCUGUAUCGCGAGAAGCAGAAGAGGGAUUAAGGGGAGGAGGGUGCUUUACUGGCUCUCUCCCAUCUGCAUUUGCCGUCCCUAUCCCUCCUUCCCCGCCAGGGCAAGCACGCGUUCCACAACUACACGGUGCGGCGGCUGUAUCGCGAGAAGCAGAAGAGGGAUUAAGGGGAGGAGGGUGCUUUACUGGCUCUCUCCCAUCUGCAUUUGCCGGCAAGCACGCGUUCCACAACUACACGGUGCGGCGGCUGUAUCGCGAGAAGCAGAAGAGGGAAGGGGGAGAAGGGGAGGAGGAGGGAGACAGAGGGGAUGGUGGAGAGAGGGGGAAUGGUGGCGACAGGAGGUUGAGGAGCGGAGGGGCAUGGGGAAGAGGCAGGGAGAGUGAAAGGGGCGAAGGAAAGGAAGAAGCAAAGGUGAUAAGUGGUGGGGCAGAGAUGACAGGCGGAGAGUUAAGCGAGAGAGUGGGAGACGGAGCAGUGAUGACGUUUGAAAAAGAGGCUGAGAGAGGGGAUGAGAAAGAGGCUGAGAUGGUUGAGAGGGUUCAAAUCGAGGAGGUUGCAAGCGAGAUGAGCAGUAGCUCGGGAGACGAACGAGGGGGACGAGAGUGGGAGGGAGUAGAUAGGGUCGGAGGUGCAGGGGACCAAGAGGGGGAGGAGGAGGACAGGGCGGAGAGGGCGGAGAGGGCGGAGAGGGCGGAGAGGGCGGAGAGGGCGGAGAGGGCGGAGAGGGCGGAGAGGGCGGAGAGGGCGGAGAGGGCGGAGAGGGCGGAGAGGGCAGAGAGGGCGGAGAGGGCGGAGAGGGCGGAGAGGGCGGAGAGGGCGGAGAGGGCGGGGAGGAAGGCGGUGUGGUUGCAUGAGACGGAUAAGAGUGACAAGAUCAGUACGGCACAUGCGGAUGGUGCAGGGUGUGUAGGCGAGCAGGAGAAGGAGGGGGCGGAUACAGCAGGGGGAUUGCAGAGGGCGGGAAGGAAGGCGGUGUGGCUUCAUGAGACAGAUAAGAGCGACAAGAUCAGUACGGCACAUUUCAGAACCAUCGAGACUUGCACGGUGUUGCCGUGGAUUGAAGGGGGCGUGUUUGAUGGGAGCAGCCUUGCUGGGGGCAGAUUAGAAGAGGGUGCGUUUGAUUGUAGCAGUGUGGAGGGGAGCAGCAGACUUGAGGAGGGGAGCAGAUUGGAGGGAGAAGAGGCGGAAGGAGGGAGGGGUGUGGGACGGCAGGAGCGGCGGAGGUUCGUUCGGGUUGUGAUUCGAGGAGAGUCGUUCAUGCUUCACCAGAUCCGCAAAAUGGUGGGAACAGCCUUAGCAAUCCUCCACGGAGCCAUCCCCUCGUCCAUGCUGCUGCCCUCCCUUGCCCGCCACUCCCGCAUCGUGCUGCCCCUCGCUCCACCCCAAGGCCUCCUAUUGGCCGACUGCUCCUUCAUGCCGUUCCGAGCACCAAAGCUGCCCGGAAACAAAUCCUCCUCCUCUGCUGCUGAACUUGAGGUUCCUCAGUCCAGCGCUCCUCUAGAAGCUGAAUCUACAGACCGUUUCAAGCAGCAGCAGCAGGAAGCACUAAGGCUAUACACGCAGUGGCACUCUGCCUUCUCGCCACUUGGCACAUCUCAACCAGCCCUCAGCGUGUCCCCUCUCUCCUCCCCACCUUCCUCCUCUCCCUCCCCGCAAUCCUCCUCCCCAUCCCCCCCCCCAUCGUUCCGCAUGUCACGAGCUGUGUGCGAGAGAGUAGAGGAAUUUUCCCAAGAGCACGUGUUGCCAGCCAUGCUGCAGUGGUUGCAUGCUGAGGGGGAGCCGUGGAGCGGGUGGGAGGAGAAUCUGCUAGCCUAUGAGUGGGUAUCGGAGGAGGAGGAGAGGGAAGUUGUAGAGGGGUAUUCCCAGUGGAUGCAAGGCAGGGCAGAGAGGGGCUACUGA